UCCUGCCGAAAGCGUGAGAGAUUCGAGUGCAGACAAGCCAGAGAUGGCAGAGCACCGCAGCAAUGGAAAUGUGAAUCUAAAGACGUUUGAUGCUCAUGUUCCGGAGAUUAAGUUCACCAAGCUCUUCAUCGACGGCGAGUUCGUCGAUUCUGUCAAAGGAAGGACAUUCGAGACGAAAGAUCCAAGAAAUGGACAAGUGGUGGCAAGAGUCGCGGAGGGAGACGAAGAGGACGUGGAUUUGGCCGUGAUUGCUGCCCGUCGAGCAUUUGAUCACGGCCCUUGGCCACGCAUGCCCGGCUAUCAAAGGGGAAGGAUCAUGUCAAAAUUUGCAGACUUGAUCGAAGAGAACAUAGACGAACUAGCUGCUCUGGACACUAUAGAUGCCGGGAAGCUAUUCAGUGUCGGCAAGGCCCGGGACAUCCCUAACGCUGCCAUGCUGCUGAGGUACUAUGCCGGUGCGGUGGAUAAGAUCCACGGCGAGGUAUUGAAGAUGUCGCGCGAGCUUCACGGGUACACGCUACGGGAGCCGGUUGGCGUGAUCGGGCACAUCAUCCCUUGGAACUUCCCGACCGGGGUGUUCUUCAUGAAGGUCGCCCCAACACUGGCGGCUGGUUGCACCAUGAUCGUGAAGCCCGCCGAGCAAACCCCUCUAUCGGCUCUCUUUUACGCUCAUUUGGCUAAGAAGGCUGGUGUUCCUGAUGGAGUGAUCAAUGUCGUUACCGGUUUUGGACCGACAGCUGGUGCAGCGAUAAGUAGUCAUAUGGACAUUGAUAUGGUUAGUUUUACGGGGUCUACAAAAGUAGGACACAUGGUGAUGCAAGCUGCGGCAACGAGCAAUUUGAAACAAGUGUCGCUUGAAUUGGGGGGCAAAUCACCUCUUAUAGUCUUUGAUGAUGCCGAUUUAGAUACCGCUACUGAUCUUGCUCUGACUGGUAUCCUCUAUAACAAGGGAGAAGUAUGCGUCGCGGGAUCUCGUGUCUAUGUUCAAGAAGCGAUCUAUGAAGAAUUCGAGAAGAAGCUAGUGGCAAAGGCCAAGGCUUGGCCGGUCGGUGACCCAUUUGAUCCGAAUGUCCGUCAAGGACCGCAAGUCGAUAAGAAACAGUUUGAGAAAAUACUUUCUUACAUUGAGCAUGGAAAGAGAGAAGGAGCUACGCUUUUGACUGGGGGUGAGCGUCUGGGCACUGAAGGGUACUACAUUCAGCCAACAAUCUUCACAGAUGUUAAUGAGGACAAUGUGAUCGUAAAAGAUGAGAUUUUCGGCCCCGUCAUGUCACUCAUGAAAUUCAAGACCAUGGAGGAGGUGAUCAAGAGGGCCAAUGACACGAGGUACGGUCUAGCGGCGGGAAUUCUGACAAAGAACAUAGAUCUAGCAAACACGGUCUCAAGGUCAAUCCGAGCAGGUAUGAUUUGGAUAAAUUGCUACCUUGCAGUUGACAACGACUGUCCUUAUGGUGGCUACAAGAUGAGUGGCUUUGGCAAAGAUCUUGGCUUGGACGCUCUCCACAAAUACCUACAUGUCAAAUCUAUCGUGACCCCCAUUUAUAACUCUCCCUGGCUUUGAGAGAGUUUUUUUUUUCUUAGUGGGCGCUGGAUUGCAUCAUCAGACGGGUCAAAUAAUAUAUAAUUAGAAGUGUAUUUGUUUGAGUGAAAAUAUUUUUCACGAAUUAGUUUUUUGAA